GACGUCAACACGUGCGAGCGCUUGGGCUGGGUCUCCGGAAUAGAAGGGGGGCUCUUCCUGCGCGUGUUGGCGGUGGAGAAGUUCCCCGGUGAGUCGUGCGGGCUUGUGACCUCAUGGCGGAGAUAAUCCAGGAACGCAUAGAAGAUCGACUCCCCGAAUUGGAACAGCUGGAGCGCAUUGGACUGUUCAGUCAUGCGGAGAUUAAGGCUAUCAUUAAGAAGGCUUCGGAUCUGGAAUAUAGAAUACAGCGAAGAGCCCUUUUUAAGGAAGACUUUAUCAAUUAUGUUCAAUAUGAAAUUAAUCUUUUGGAGUUGAUUCAAAGAAGGAGAACUCGCAUUGGCUAUUCAUUUAAGAAGGAUGAGAUUGAGAAUUCUAUUGUACACCGGGUGCAAGGUGUCUUCCGACGAGCUUCAGCAAAAUGGAAAGAUGAUGUUCAACUUUGGCUAUCCUAUAUAGUCUUUUGUAAGAAAUGGGCUACCAAAGCUCAACUUAGCAAGGUAUUUUCUGCCAUGUUGGCCAUUCAUUCAAACAAACCAGCUUUGUGGAUUAUGGCAGCCAAAUGGGAAAUGGAAGAUCGUUUGUCUUCAGAAAGUGCAAGACAGCUAUUUCUUCGAGCUCUGCGCUUUCAUCCAGAGUGCCCGAAACUUUAUCAAGAAUACUUUAGGAUGGAGUUGAUGCAUGCUGAAAAACUGAGGAAAGAAAAAGAAGAAUUUGAAAAAGCCAAAAUGGAUAUGGGGAAUCUCAGUUAUCCUGAAGAAAUCCUUAAGGGCGAGUUGGCACGGAUCAUCUAUAAAAAUUCUGUAAGCAUAAUUAAAGGUGCAGAAUUUCAUGUGUCCCUGCUUUCAAUUACACAGCUAUUCGACUUUGCCACAGAUCUGCAAAAAGAAAUUUAUGAUGACCUUCAGGCCCUGCACACAGAUGACCCUCUCACUUGGGAUUAUGUGGCACGGCGAGAAUUAGAGAUGGAGUCACAGCCGGCCGGAGAACAGCCUGCCACAAAACAAGCCAGAGCAGUGGAGGUGGGCCGGAAGGAGGAGAGGUGCUGUGCUGUGUAUGAAGAGGCGGUGAAGACUCUCCCUACAGAGGCCAUGUGGAAGUGUUACAUCAGCUUCUGCUUGGAAAGGUUCACUAAGAAGACCAGCAGUCAGUUCCUCAGAGACAGGAGGCUGGAAAGAACCAUGACGGCAUUCAGGAAGGCACAUGAACUCAGACUUCUACCAGAAUUCCAGUAUAAGCAGUGGAUCGAGUUGUUGCUGCGUCAGGACUUCUUAAAGGAAGCUCUGGAGGUGGCAGUAGCCGGGACUGAAUUGUUCAGAGACUCUGUGACAAUGUGGCAGAUGAAGCUGCAGGUGCUGAUUGACUCCAAGAGCCCUGACAUAGCUGGGCUCUUUGAAGAAGCUUUUGUGCAUCUGAAAGCCCAGGUCUGUCUGCCAUUGUGGAUUUCUUGGGCAGAGUGGAGUGAAGGUGCCAAAAGCCAAGAAGACACGGAAGCCAUUUUUAAGAAAGCUCUCCUCGCUGUCAUAGGUGCUGACUCAGUCACUCUGAAGGAUAAGUACUUGGAUUGGGCUUACCGAAGCGGUGGCUAUAAAAAGGCCAGAGCUGUGUUUAAAAGUUUACAGGAAAGGCGUCCGUUUUCAGUUGAUUUUUUCAGGAAAAUAAUCCAGUUUGAAAAGGAACAAGAAUCCUGCAAGAUGGCGAACUUAAGGGAAUAUUAUGAGAGGGCUUUGAGAGAGUUUGGAUCUGUAGAUUCUGAUCUUUGGAUGGAUUACAUCAAAGAAGAAUUGAACCUUGGUAGACCUGAGAACUGCGGACAGAUCUACUGGCGAGCCAUGAAAAUGUUACAGGGAGAGUCAGCAGAGGUUUUUGUAGCUAAACAUGCUAUGCAUCAAGCCGGCCAUUUGUGAGAAGAGGAAAAACAGAGCCAACUUUGUGAAAUCGUAUUUUAAGCCCUCUGGCCAGAUUUGUAUUGUGAGUUCAUCUGCAAUUUGCUGGGAGAUGGCAGACUAGAUGGCUGUCUGAUUUUGGGACAUGUUUUAAUUUAGUUAGUGCAUUAAUCUUUAAUUCCAGAAAAGAGAAUUGCUAUUUAGUGGCUAGAGGCUACUUGUUAAGGCUGAACUUACUGUAAGUCCUAAAUGUUUUCCAAGAUAUAUGGAAAUCAUAAACUUGAAUUUCUUUUGUUAUACCUGGUCAAGAAUGAGUAUCUCUAAUCUGGACCUAGGGGCCUGUGAAAGUAGAGGAGAAAGUACAUUUUUUAUUCUCUCCUUAUUAAAAAAGUAUACAUGGUGUGUCCAUUUGUUGUGGGAAAUAUGGAGGGAGCAUAGUAACGGGAAGAAAAUAAAAGCAUCCCAUAACCUCA